UUACGAGCACUAUCUUUAAAUCAUGUAACAUUAGAAGAGGGUGAAUCGAUAUUUAGUCCUGAAUGUUUAUCGAAAUUAAAACAUCUUGCUCGUAUUCGUCUUAUUUUUUCACUUAAAAUUGAACAAAAUGAGUAUUGUUUACGACUUGAACGACUUAUUGCACAAAUUCUUAUUCAUCCAUCUCUUCGACAUGUUAUUCUACAAACAGCUCGUUCACUUGAUUUUUCACAAUUACAAUUACCAUCUCCUGUCGAAUAUCUUGAUAUUGAUUAUUGUAGUUUUCAAAGUUUAUAUACACUUUUUCAAUUUACACCUAGUCUUCGUCAUUUAACUGCAACUAUUGCAAUAUAUGGUGAAUCAAAUACUCAACAGACACCAAUAUUUCCUGUACUUAAUUCACUCAAAUUAAAUUUAAGUAUUCCGGCAUUUGAUCAUCUCCUUAGUUUUCUAGAAAAAUUUCCUAAAUUACAAAAACUUCAUAUUGUUACUUAUUCAGUUAUUGAACCAUUAACUUUCACUUCAUCAUGGAUUAAAUUAAUUACAGAACAUUUACCUGUCCUAUAUAAAUUUAAACGAGAAUCAAAUGUUCCAUUGGAAAAUAUUGAGGAAUAUAUUAAAUUAUUUCAUUGGUUAAAUGGUUGGAGAUCAAUAGAUAAAAGUGUACCAAAUGGAUCAAAUUAUUCUCGAAUGACAGUCAUAAAUAUUCGAUAUUAA